AAAGAAAAAAUCUUGUUGAACAAAAAGUCGCUCAUAUAGCUUUGGAGCCUAUGAGCGUAAAUGAGCAACCACGUAAAGUAACAGUAUAUUUAGCACCGCCGUUAGGUGAUGGAAUACAUAAGACGAGGGUUCAUUUUCGAGAAUAUGUCAAGCUCGUUGAAGGUACACAGCCGGGACAACUUCGUUCCAAAGUACGAGAUGCAAUAAUAGAGAAGCGUAAAGCUGCAAAAACAUCAACUCCAACUGGUAUCGAGUCUAAUAAUACGCAUCAAGCACCGCAUUUGUUAAACACAACAGAUGGAGAUGGCAUCAUUGUUGUUGGUCGUGUUAGUCUGGUUGAAUAUUUACAAGGGUUAAAUGAUGGAUGUACUUCCUCACUUACGGACUCUCAAGAAACAAUAUCAAAUGAACAAGACGUGAAAAAUGAUAACAAUAAUUCAAUUUCAUCGACAGUAAGGUCUGAAAAUAUUAUGUCUGAUUCAUUAAGCAGCUUCCAGGUAGUUAAACAAGAUGAGUUUUCUAUUCCUGAGCUUGAACCGAUUGGAUAUAUUCGUUUCUAUAACAGGAUUGGAUGGAAAUACCUACCAUUGAGAAUGUAUCAUGCCUUUAAUUCCUACUUAAAUUUUGACAUUGCCGGUGAGGAUACGGUUAAAGUAGCAUUAAAAAACUCAAGGGAAUUUACAGAUGACGAUUUAAAUCUUGGUAUAGAUGAAAAAAAGUUCUUAAAAGGAACCCUUGAAAAUCCAGAAUUAGAUCAUAGAAUUUUAAGUAAACUAAGAAUCUAUAACUAA